AUGGGCGAAGUUCCAGAAGCCUUACGAUUCUCCGUCGUGCUAUUCCUGUCCUACAAAGACAUCAUCAUCUGCAUCGCAAGCUCGGCCUUGGCGGGGAUCGGCGUGGGCUUCUUCAGCUGCCUGCUUUCCUCAGCGGAUAAGCAGAGGCAGCUGAAUGGGGGAAAGCACACGGACCGCAGCCGGAUCCGCUGCGUGCUGGGUGCCAUAGGUUCCACCAUCUUCGGCAUCCUCUCCCUGGUGGGCCUCAACUAUGGUCCGGUGGCCCUCGUCGUGGUUGUACGAGCAGGGGCGACCCUGCCUGCGAACGCACUCUUCAGCCAGGUCUUCCAGAUCAGGCCGCUGACUUCCAGUGAUGCCUUAGGCACUCUUGUAACUCUGUCAGGCGUUGUGUGCUUCACGCUAUUUCAGGGUGAUCCUGGACCAGAGGUCACUGAAAGCCUCUUUGUUCAGCUUCUUCAGCGUCCGGCGGCCAUU